AUGAUGCCCAGAAGGCUCUCCACAGGGACAAUGGGGAAACUCUCCCAACUCUCUUUAUUAAAUCGUUAUUGUUGUUCUUCAAGAACCCUCUUAUUUUCAAAUAUUAAUUUUCCGAUUUAUACGAGUAGUACCAACAAUGUUAACAUUUAUACUAUCACAAGGACCAAUUAUUGCACCAACCAUAUCAGUUUCGGAAUUGUUCAAGGUGUAACAGUGGAAAGUAAAUCACCCCUUGCUCGUGAUGAAACCUCGGAAAUUGAAAAAAAUCAUAUUUUACGGCUAUGGGAAUCUGUGAGGAGUAAAACCUCAUCAUGCCUUCCAAAAGGAAGCAGUAAAAUGGCCAAAGAAUUGGACAAGUAUAUUCAUCGAUAUAUUUCACAAAAUGCUCGUAAAGAUCAAACAAAAUCCAACGCUCCAAAUUUUACUUUAUUGAACUCUCUAACAAAAUUAAAUCAAUAUGUUCAAGCCGAAGAGCCAAAGACUCUAGGAAUAUAUUUAGAACUUAUCACUAUUUCAUGUCUCUUUGGAUAUUUACCUCUUUCUCUUCAUCUCCUGAAUACCAUCCACAAUGAUUUUAAAUUGACGUUAGAUUAUUCUACUUACAAGAAUAUUGUGAAUUGUUUUAUUGAGAAUGGAAAAUUUGAUGAAUGUUUUAACUUUAUUGUUGAAUUGGAAGAGAAGAAUAGAGUUAAACCAAAUUAUCAACUUUAUUUACCACUUUAUCUCAAGAUGAAGGAAAUUCUUACUAAUGAUGAGAACAAACCAGAACAUCAACAAUUAUCAGCUUCUAUACUCAAUGAAAUGAUUCCUCGAUUGUCUAAAACUCCGGAACUAGUCCAAGAAAUUGUUUCACGAGAUAUUUACUCUGCUGGACUGCUCGGAGGACGCAACCAGGAUGUGGAAAACAUUGUUCUCACCCCCUCCAGCUAUCCAUUCAAUUAUCCACUAUUUGAAACAGAAGACUACCCUCAAGAAGGUGAGCACUUGAAUGGUGAAGAAUGUGGCGAUGAAUCAUGUGGACAUGAUCAUCAUGACGAAAGAUACUAUUGGAAGCCAAACACCUUCAAGGGAGAGUGGGAACAUUUGAAAAGGAAUUAA